AAUUCCAGGCUGACGUUCCAAUUAGUUCUCAUCAUCAGGCUUCCUUACAUCAAGCCAGCGUGAUUCUGGGCCAAGAGCAGUCCCUCGGAGGGCCACCUAGGCAAGAGAAGAGGAGGCGUAAAAAGACACAUUGUGUAUUUUUAGAAAAAUGAGGCCUCACAAUACCCUUUUUGGAGACUGAAUUAUUAAGGAACUGAAGUGCGCGGGUGCACGCGUCCCAGUUUUCUGAUUAACACAGUGUGAGCAGCCUGGCCCUGGGAUGAAUCAGGGAUGAGACGUAGGACCAACUCCUUGACAAACUUACCGAGAGACCGAGCUUGAUUUUCAAGCACACUCAGCUCUUAGUUAUUCGGAUGUUGUCACCCGAUUUGUUGGAUUUUGGGUCAAGGUGUGCUCGAGGUGAAACCCUGCUUGUUUUUUGUCCACAUUUACCUGAGAAGAGACGCCUGGAUCUACAAAUAGACGCUGAAAAUGAAGAGGUUUUUGCAAAACAAAAAAGGCAGACAUUCAUUGCGUCAAAACAAAAGGACUUCUCGUUGCCAAUCCAAAGAUUUCUUCCUCAACAUGCCGACAUCCAACCAGGGCUGGCCCGAGGAGUUUGGAUUCCAGCUAGGCGGGAAUGGACCUAGCUAUAUUUUGUCUGUGGAAGAAGGAAGCAGUGCCCAACUGGCCGGUCUGCAGGCUGGAGAUCAAGUUUUGGAAAUUGAAGGCCACAAUGUAUCAAUGCUGGGACCGCAAGCUGUUAUUGCCAUCGCCCAGACCCAGAAGAACAUCCCCCCCAGCAUUGGAGUUGUGUCUCGCAUACAGCAGAUGGAUAUCAUACCAGGUCCUGAUGGACGGUUUGGUUUCACCAUUGUAGGCGACAGUCCCUUGUUGGUGGAGGACUGCUCCCCCUUCUCCCCAGCAGGCCGUGCAGGUUUGAGGGCAGGGGACUGCGUCAUGGAGGUCAGCGGCAUCCCCGUUAGGCAGCAUGAGACGGCUGCGGCGCUAAUAAAGUCCUCCCAGGGCAGGACGCUGCGCCUAGGUGUAUUGCACUUGGGCGCGAGGCAGAAAGACAGCAUCAACAUAGAGGAAAGUCAGAUAGUAGGGGAGGGCGCAAGGGUAAACCGGAAAUAUAAGGCUCUGGAGUUCAACAGGAAGGUUGAGCAGAUUUUGAGUGAUGAGCCCAACGUGAAGGAGAAACUGUUCAGCGUGUUAAAGCAAUAUGCGGCUGAGAAGAAUGUCGACUGGUUGGCCUCCAUUUUGCCUGAAAUCCUUAUCACCGAUGAUCACAGACAGCUCAUCUCAAGUAUCCGAAUCUUCAUUCCCAAGAAGCACCGGCAACGCUUUGAUGAGUCCGUCUCCCAAAACGUGAUCAACAGGCUGUGCCGCAGCAAGAGCAUAAGCGAGCCACAGGGCAGAAUCCGUCGCAGCCGGAGCGAAGACCACUCGGACCGUCACCAUGGGAGCAAACGGGCCAGUUCGGUACCCCGAGAUGGUGGGGAACCAGGAGGAAGGGGCGAUAUGGAAAGAGACAGAGGUCACAGGAAGUCAGUCUCUGGAGUACCAACACAUCCCCCCAUUGGACCUAAUCAGAGGCUCAUCCGUGUCUACAGAGGCAAGAAAACCUUUGGCUUCACACUGCGAGGUCACGCGCCAGUCUGCAUCGAUUCAGUCAUUGCAGACAGUCCUGCUGAAGAAUGUGGACUUAAACCAGGCGACCGCAUCCUCUUUCUCAAUGGACUAGACAUGAGGAACUGUUCCCAUGAAAAGGUGGUAUCCAUGCUGCAGGGCAGCGGUGCCAUGCCCACCCUGGUUAUAGAAGACGGUCCGUCCGAUUACUCCUCAGACCCGACAGAACAAGAAGAAACUCCGAGUCUGUCCUCCAACACAAUGCCGCGCUCUCGAUCUCCUGUUCUCAGCUCCCUUCAGUGGGUGGCUGAGAUUCUGCCACCAAGCAUCAAAGUCCACGGGAGGACAUUCAGCCAGCAGUUGGAGCACUUACUGACUAUCCAGGAAAGGUACACGGUCUGCAAGGCCCUGGAGACCUUCUUCCAGCACAGGAAUGUGGAUACUCUCAUAGUUGAUGUGUUUCCAGUGUUGGACACACCAGCUAAGCAGCUGAUCUGGCAAUUUAUUUACCAGUUACUGACUUAUGAUGAGCAGGAACGCUGCCAGAGCAAGUUGUCACGUUUCCUGGGCUUUAAAAGCAGUGCUGUGUUAGAGCCUGACGCAGGUUCGGACCACCAUCGAAGGAGCAGCUCAGUUCGAAUAUCUGGCACGCCAUAUCGCAGCUGCGUGCGAGAGAGGAGUUCUGAUGACUGCAUCAUCGGAACUCACCUAGGAAUGGGAAUUCAUGUGGAUGAAUGUGGCAGCCAGGAAGAGAGGCAAUCCGGAGAUGGAACCUCCUUCCCUGAGUCUCCUGACCUCAGUCAUAUGUCAGGUGUAUACACGGAGCUGGAGAAUGUGUACGCAGGAAAGAGUGUGUCCCCGCUGCAGGGGGGAACCCCAGCAGAGUCCGAGGGGCCGGGACAGACUGAGGCCUAUGGCCGCUCUCUUUCCCCCCUCACACUUCCCCCACUCACAGGUAACCGUAAAUCAGGCCUGUCCCUGACCUGGAAGGAGCCCCUCCCAACACCUGUCUAUGGGAUCCAUCAUCAAAGCAGCGUGGACUCCAACCCUUAUGUCAGCCUGGAGAGCCCCCCAGGUUCACCCCAACACAGCCCCAGCACGAUGGGCCGCCGCAAGAAGCUGUUCACUUUCUCCCGUCCGCCUCGUAGCAGGGAUACAGACAAGUUCCUGGAUGCUCUCAGUGAGCAACUGGGCCAGCGCGUCACCCUGGAUGACUACGUGCCGGGCGAGAACGACUACGAGGAGAUGAGCUUCCCAGAGGAUCAAGACACUGGCUUCAUACGUCGGCAGCUCAGUAGCGGCAGCAGUGAGGACCACAGUAGCAGUGACGAAGUUUCCUCUCCCUGCUACUCUUCUGGUUCCGAGCAGAUCCCCCCUCCUCCUAAACAGAGCCCCCCACCUCCUCCACCAUUCCAGGUCUUGUUACCUCCUCCAGUCCAGUUCACGGACCCCGUCCCACCUGUUCGCUUCUCCCCGGAACACGUCCCCCGCAGUCGGAUGCCCUUCCAGCCUCACCACCCCAUCAUCCCCCCUCCUCCGCCCCCUUUGAGGACCAUCCUGUCCAACCGAUCGCCUCUCCACAAUGUCCUGCCCACGAGGGAGGGCACGGACGACCAGCGAUUCCAAACGCUGUCGCGUGGCCGCACCACCUUUACCACCACCACUACCAUUCUGCGAUCGUCUCGCCCCAGCUACCUCCCCCGCCAGCUUAGCCAACCACAGCCCAUUUGUCAGCCCUCUCCCCAGCUGUCCCCUCAAACGCUGCGGCCGAGCCAGCUUGUCCUGCACAGGCACCACCAACUCCACCACCAGCACAGCUAUCAGGGUCCUCUACCCCCGUCCCUCGAAGAUCACAGUCCACCUAGGGGUCACAAGCAAGACCCCUCUGUGUCAUUUCGCAAGCCUCCAAACUCUACCCUCACCAGCCACACUAAAGAGCAAGAGUCACAGCAGGCACCCCCACCUCCUCCUCCCCCUUUGCCCCCGCCCUGUGACCCACCCCCCCUGCCGAAGCCGGGACAAGCCUCAGACACCAACCACAUGAGCGUGAAAAGACUGCGCUGGGAGCAGGUGGAAAACUCCGAGGGUACCAUCUGGGGUCAGCUCGGAGAGGAUUCUGACUACGACAAGCUCACCGACAUGGUGAAGUAUUUGGACCUUGAUCUGCACUUUGGCACUCAACGCAGACCCAUGUCUCCACCAGAGCCGACCUUCCUGCCCGAGAACUUAAAAAAGAAAGAUGUCGUGGAGAUUUUGUCUCACAAGAAAGCCUACAAUGCAUCCAUCCUCAUCGCCCACCUGAAGCUCUCACCCGACGAGCUUCGCCAGGUCCUGAUGGACAUGAUCACGGACAGACUGGAGCCUGCCCACAUUAAGCAGCUGUUGCUCUACGCCCCUGACGAGGACGAGGUGAAAAAGUACGAGCAGUUCGACCAGGACCCGGCCAAGCUAAGCGAACCUGACCAGUUUAUUUUCCAGAUGUUGAUGGUGCCCGAAUAUAAGACCCGCCUGAAGAGCCUCCACUUCAAGACCACCUUGCAGGAAAGGACAGAGGAGAUGAAAGUGGCCUUUGAUUACAUCUACAAGGCUUCUUUGGAGCUGAAGACUAGCAAGAAACUGGCCAAAAUCCUUGAAUUUGUGCUCGCAAUGGGGAAUUACCUUAACAACGGGCAACCCAAAAGCAACAGGACUACCAGUUUUAAGAUCAACUUCCUUACAGAGCUCAGCACAACCAAAACGGUGGAUGGGAAAUCCACUUUCCUCCACAUUUUGGCUAAGUCUCUGUGCCAACAUUUCCCAGAGCUGCUCAACUUUUCCAGAGACCUCACCACGGUGCCUUUGGCAGCCAAGGUGAACCAGAGGGCGAUGACCACAGAGCUCAGCGACCUUCAUGCCACCAUCCAGGACAUCAGAGCAGCGUGCCUGAAGAUCCCCUUAACUUCUGAGGACCACUUUGCUUCAGUCAUGAGUAGUUUUCUGGAGAACAGCCACCCUUCGAUUCAGUCUCUGGAGUCUCUGCAGAACAGAGCAAUGGAAGAGUUCUCCAAAGUGGCCUCUUUCUUUGGAGAAGACGGCAAGUCCACCAGCACGGAGUCCUUCUUUGCUAUUUUUGCAGAUUUCAUAUCCAAAUUUGAGCGGGCCCUCAAUGAGACCCAGACACCUGAAAAUCCCAGAAGUCCAAGACUGUCCUCCCCUCUGGCCUGGUAGACUCAACACAGCCAGUUCAGACCCCACACAACCAAAGUGCCAAAAAAAAUAACAUGUGGUGACGCUCCCCCCCAAACAGCGCAGAGCCACAUCUUGUCUAGCUUAUCAGGAGUGCCCCCGUGUGGAGAAAUUAUUAUUUGCUUUUCUCGGCAGAGCUGUCCCCUGAAACAGCACUUGUACAAAUAAAUGACCAAUGAAUGGAUGACAACCUGCACAGCUACAGAUAUUUAUUGUAAGAUUUGAAACGUUUAUAUUUUGUCAUGUUGUGAAGAAUAGCAAAGAUGCAGACAGUUUCCAAAUGAUUCACAGUUUACAUGUACAUGACAUUUCAGGACUUUAAAGAAUGUAAAGAAGUAGUUUAGGUCAGCAGUUCAGUCAGUACAAUACAUUUUAAUAGUGAAGCAUUUUAUCAGUUGCUGUCACUAUAGACUGAUCUUCUGGUUUCUUCUGAUACAAGGUCCUGCUUGUACAGUAUUAGCAGGUGAUGCGCUACCUGAGUGAAGGAGCUGUAAAUGAUCCACUGUCUACUCAUUUGCUGUCAUUGAUGGCAAAAGUUGUCAAAUCUUAUUGCAACUGAGCCGGGGCGUCACUAGACCUAAUACAACACUGGGGCACAGCGGGGCACUAGCGAGUGAGCAAAAAACAUUUUUUUUUUUAGCACUUAUCAAUUAUAAAAAGUCAGAAAUAGCACUUUAAAUUACAGGUAGUCCACGGGUUACGACCAACUGGAGUUACGCGAUUUCUACUUUACGACAUCGGAGUCUGGUCUUUCAUUUUGUCUCCAGUUUUUUUGGCGCAACUCCAAUGACCCGGGCCGGUGAAACACCGACAACCCAGCCAAAAGGCCAAACUCCACACGUUCUCCUAAGUCCUAACCCCUUGUACUGACUUCAUUUUGAAAGCUGGAAGAAGGCUUCGAAACACAAGUUGACAAUUUAUUCAGGUCAACAGUGAUCAAACAGCAAAUAGGUCGUCGACAUACAGGCAAUUCUGGAUCCAGGGUCAGCAAAACAACGAGCACAUCAGAAUGUCCCUGAGUAGCGACAGUUUUUAGCUAAACGUUCAGUCUUUUUGAAGUCUGCGGUACGGUGGGUUGGACAUAGGGUGGGCCUGGGUGUUGUUUAAGAUAAUUCUUCUGUUGCAGAUUUGGGCAGUCAAGUUCUUGCGUCACUGUUCGUUGCUGGGUUACGGUUACUGAGGCAACUGAGGUUGGAGGUUCGGCCAUACUUGACGUCUGAGAGGCGCUGGGCUAUCAAACCUAGAGUUGUUUUUGUUAUCGGGUGUUGUGGUAGUACAGGACGUCCCGCCAUCUGUUCUGGAGUGUCCUGAAGAGCUGAUUGCGGCAUUUGGUGUUGCAGACGUGGGCUUGUAGGAUGUUUUGCCUAUCACCUGGUAGUCAGCGUCAAUCUUGCUCAGUCAGCUGCAUGACGCACGCAUUGGGCUUCCGUGGUUAGACGGCCGUCAUGUAUCUCUUAUGCCCUAUGUCAAAUAUAUUCUGCUUGUUUUCUUUAAACUAUGAUAUAGAUGCUAUUUAUUUUAUAUUGGGUACGUUAGAGUAAUACAAACAGUCGAACAGUCAGGACGAGAAAAGAUUAUUUUCCCUUCAGUGUUCAAACGUCCAUCUAGUCUGAUCAAUAUGUAAAUUUAGUCGAUUAAAUUAGCGUAAUUUUUUUUCACAAGUUCGCGAGCAUAAAUACUAACGUAUUUACAAUUCUCAUAGCAAAUUGCUCACACGUAACUCCACAAACUGUAGCUCUAAACCUAAACCCAUCAAAUGCAUACACAAAUGUAUUUUAGCUGAAGCAACUUACAGCCUUAUGUAGGCUAAACCACCUAUCCUUUAUACAUGUGAGACGUCUGAGUGCUCCUGUAUGGAAGCAUUAUUGAACGACAGUCCAGCCAGACCCAACUCUGCCACCAUAGGGCAGUGUAUCCUCCACCAUUAAACAAAAUACAAUACUUCUGGACUUUCUGGAGUUAUUUUGAAUUUUUAAAGGGUUAUUUUUGACUUACACGGAAAUUCGUGGUUGCGUCGCCAGCGUAGGAACAGAACUUGUGCGUAACUUGGGGACUACCUGUGUAUAUAAACAUACCUAAUCCAAGUUUGUGUCAAAAAAAAAAUAAAAAAAUUAAAAAAGUGAAAAAGAUAAAUGUUAGUACAAGUUAUAAAAAUUUUAUAUUAAAACCCCUUAAUGUUUUCGUUUUAAUAAAAUUUGAAAAUUUUCAAUGAAAAAAUAAAUUAGUAGCUCGCCAUUGUUGAUGUCAAUAAUUACACAAUGCUCAUGGUGCUUAAACCCAUAAAAUCAGUCGCACCAAAGCGCCAGCAGAGGGAGACAAAAAACACAAGUAACAAGUGGACAUGACACUGUGCUGUCAUUUUAAUCUGUUUGAGUGGGGCAUGUGCGUUAAUUGCGUCAAAUAUUCUAACGUGAUUAAUAAAAAAAUAAUAAUUACCGCCCGUUAACGCGAUAAUUUUGACAGCCCUAGUUUUUUUUUUGUUUUUCAGCCAUCAGAAUUCAAAAUUAAAAUUGGGACAUACUUUGUUGAAUGCCAAUUCACCUCUGCUUGUGGUCAUCAACUUCCAUCUCUCCUUCACCUCUCCCUACAUUCUGCUGCUCUACUUUGUCUGGACAGAAAUUGAGAUAUAUCACUGUAACUGUUAUGCAAUUAAUCAGUGUCUCUCAACUGGUAGGUUGUGACCUAAAAGUGGUUUAUGUUGCCUAAGGGGGUUACCUAGCUUACCUCUCUCAAUCCUCCUUGCUGAUCUAUCCAUGCUGUGAGCAAAUAACUUUAAUAUCCAUUUGCACGAUUAAUGCUGUUUGAGUCAAAUUGAAAUAAAAAUCUUUUUACCGAUUGCAAGGACUGCAUUAACAAAUAAAAUGCUUGUAAAACUGGAAAUCAUGAUUAGCAGACUUACAAAAUUGUAAGAGGUUAUCUUGCAAAGAUAAGCAAUUCAUUCAUUCAGAUUGAUUCUAUUAAUUUUGGUCAUAUAACAAAUAGCAAAAAAUAGCAUCAGUAUUGAUACGGUCCAAAUACCACAGCUCAUAUUACCACAAUAUUAGACAAAGCUCUUGAGAGCCUUUCACUCAAAUUGCAUUUAAUUGUCAUUGUAUUCGUAGCCAGUUAGCUAAUAGACAGCAGCUAAUCUGCUACUUCAAUUUGCGACCAGAGUAGUUUGCCAACUGCCUGCGACAUAAAGAGUAAAGUUGAACCAUUUAGAUUCACAAUUCAUGGGAAUAGGCGACCAAACAAACCACCACAGAGGUAAAAACGAACAACAAGGAUGUGCAGUUUAUCUGGCAUUAACCUGUAAAGCAGGUGGGAAGAUGUUGUGGUGACCCUUCCUUCUGUGUUCAUAAUUCACCCGUGGAGCUAAUGUGGGGUAUGUUGUGUUCCGGGGGCACUCUUUGUCGGGCGCGUUUCCGGCAGAGACACUAGAGAGUUACAAGAGACACGAGCGGCCGUACACGGCAUCGAAAACUCAACUCACGAGCUACGAGACUCACUGACAUCAUCCGCUACAUUGGUGACCCCGACGUGAUUUGAACCUUCUGUGAGGUUACCCUUCCGUGUUCAUAAUUUACCCGUGGAACUAAUGUGGGGUAUGUUGUGUUCCGGGGGCACUCUUUGUCACGCGGGGUUCCGGCAGAGACACUAGAGAGUCACAAGACACACGAGCAGCAGAACACGGCAACGCAAACUUAAGUCAAGAGCUACGAGACUCAGUUACAUCAUCCACGGAAGUAUCAAUUCAUAUGCCUAUCACAGCCAAAGUUACGUGCAUAAAUUACCAUAUUAAUAAGCCAUGUGCAGUUUGUGUACAUGGAGUGAAAAGAGUAAUAUGACAAUAUGAAAUCGGCGCAUUCUGUAGAUUAUGCUAUGUAGACUUAAAACUCCAAAUUAUUUUAUUUAUGUAUUUAUUUAUACUGGGGCACCCGCCCCAGUGAAAUAUGUCUGGUGACGCCCAUGCAACUAGGAGGCUGGCAGCGGUCAUUCACCGGUCAUCCCAUUUUACAAUGGAUUUGAAUCAAUUGUCGUUAAGGAAGCGAACGAGUCAAGUGCUUCUCUAGUUGCCAUGGUGACCUCAUGACUCAUCCACAGAGUAACAGUAUAGCUGUGGUGUACUCUAUAUUUUAUUUUGGAGAUUGUAAAUUCCCAUAUUUUGGCUAUGCACUGCUAAUUGUUGUCAUUGCGACUGCUUGGGUGGUCCUCCAAGUUCUGGUUUCGAUUUUGUCGUUGAAAUCACUCGACUGUAUUACUUGUACUGUAAGUGUUGCACAGCUUUCAAAGUGGAGUGUUAUCACUUGUAAAACACAACCAGAACCGCUGCUGCUAAGUAUCGUAACUGUGUUUCUGGUCUAAAUCAGUUGCAUGUUGGUACAAGGUGACAUGAACAUAUGCAGGUGGUAGCAAACCUUCAUUUGGAAAAAAAUGAACAUACUGUCCUUUUAUUGGACAAGUUUAUUUUUUUGUUUCCUCUUUCGUCGGUCUUAUUUAUGUUUUCAGUAGAAGUCGUGUGAUUGUUUAUGUUCAUGUUUGUGUUGAUAUUUUUCCCCAAUGUUUUUGCUCUAUAAAACAAUAUACUCAAAAGUCGAUAAUGCGUCUUUCU